GCAGGGAGGGAUGUGAGGUGGCGGAGGCAGACAGUAGCAUCACGACUAGCAGGACUCGCUGUUCCUUUAAUCCGCCUUUCGCCUGAAUUUUAUCAGAUCGUUGUCUCGCUCGCUCGAGCGCGCGCAGGAGUCUGGUGACCCAGCUCGCGCCGGUUAAACCCAGAGCCCCUCGGUGUGCGCCCGCCGGAGUCUGCUUGUUUGUUGUCGCUCUGCAAAAGUUUUAAUGAAGACCACAAAGGAAGUCAGCGCUGGUGGCGUUUUUAGCAAGAAGUAAAUGGCAAAGGCUCGACCUGAAAAGUGGACUAAAUUCAUUUGUUAGUAUUUAGUGACCGUAAUGAAAGGCUAAAAUCUGUACAUAGUCCUGCCUCCCCCCACUACUACCUUCCGAAUGGGGGAGAGAAACCCAAACAAGGAGCGUUGGUAGCUGGGCUGAGCUACGCUGUCGGAGCUGAGAUGUUUGGACGGUAAAGCUGCGUUAAAGAAACUGUUAGUUGGGGGAAAAACAAGGUUAGUUAGCCGAGUUUGUUGUGCUAGCAGCUCUGCUGAGAUAGCAAACCUCUGUAGCGGCGGUUACACAAGCUGGAGAGGAGGUGGAGGGGGGGAGAGAGGGAGACACUGCGAAAUGAAUCCCGACUUAACUAUGAUUCAGGUGGCGGAACCCGAGAGCAGCUGAGAGAGGAGCUAGCUUGCUAGUUAGGCUACUAGUUAACUGAUUGGUUACUCGCUAGCAAGCAGCGUGACAGCUGGUUUAGCCAAAGGCUCCGAGUAUCAGCUGUCUUUGUGUGAGUUGGACAAUACAGUGCGACUCGAUGGAAGCGUACAGGAGCAUGCUAACAAAGCGAGGCUUUGUUGUUGGAUAGGGGGGGCUGUUGGCAACGACACGCAGACUUCACAGCUGAUACCGUCUAAAGCUAACAGUAGGUCCUUUUUUAAAGAGGGGUUUUGGAGGGUGGGGGGGUUUCUCAGCACCUUGGUGUUACUGUCAGGCGUGUGACACAGCAAGGAGACCCUGAAGUCAACCAGAUGACACUGGACAACAUGAAGCCCGAGAGAGAUGCGACAGAGGAGUUUUUCGAGUAUGAUGCCGAGGAGUUCCUGGUGUUCCUGACCUUGCUAAUCACAGAGGGAAGGACACCGGAGUAUUCAGUAAAAGGCAGGACUGAGGGGCUGCACUGUCCUCCAGCUCAGUCAGGCAUGCCUCCUCUUCACAAGCAUGAAUGCAGUGACAAACUGCCUCAGUGCCGGCAAGCAAGGCGCACUCGUUCUGAGGUGAUUUUGCUUUGGAAAAAUAACAUCCCCAUCAUGAUCGAGGUCAUGCUGCUGCCAGACUGUUGUUAUGGUGAUGAGUGUCCCCCAAGCGACCCCAUCAGUGACCCAGUCAUCAAACAAGAUGCUCUGCUGUUGGAGAGGUGGACCCUACAGGCUGUUCCUAGACAAAGCGGUGAUCGUUUCAUUGAGGAGAAAACCCUGCUAUUGGCUGUGCGCUCCUACGUCUUCUUCUCCCAGCUCAGCGCCUGGCUCAGCGCCUCCCAUGGCAUCGUCCCCAGAAACAUCCUGUACAGGAUCAGUGCUGCGGAUGAAGACUUGGUGUGGCAGUUUUCCCAGCCGCCAUCAGAGCACAUUUUUCCUGUCCCUAACGUGUCCCAGAGUGUUGCCCUGCAGGUCCGUGUCCAGUCGCUCCCCCGCCAGCCCACCUAUCCCAACCUGGCCUGUAGCAUCCACACCGGCCUGCCUCCCAUUUACAGCAAGACCCCCAGCCUCAGCCCAACCCUCAGUAGCCAUGGUGGCCUGCCCACCCUGAAAAAGAGCCAGGAUCCCAGCAAAGACAGCCUCCAUCCCAACUCAAACAUGUAUGCCAAGAGCUCCAACUCCCCCUCAAGCCUUCUACUCAACGGAUUACCCAUCCCUAAUCUGCCCAUCAACAACAUCCCGAUUAACAGCCUUUCUCACUCUGCUGUGUCACAUCCAUACAGCAAGAAGAGCCAGGAGCCCAGUGAAAAUCACACCUAUCACAACGGAGAGCUCCCACAGGUCAACACGCCCCAGCGUCAGGCUUCUUCACUGCUCUACAGAGCCUCUCACUCCCCCACACCCUCCCGCUCUAACUCCCCCUCCCCUCUUCCCUCCAGCAAAGCAGGGAAGUGGUUGUACUCGGCCCUCAAUGGCUCGUCUGAUCCUAACCAGGUGGAUGACUAUAGCUCUGGUACCACCAACGCUGAGCAGAACAAGGCUCCCAUCCCAGAGCCUUUACGGAGUUUCAAGAACUUAUCCAUGGCUGAGCCGUCCCGGUGCCCCUCCCCGAGGCCUUCCGGAAACGAAACAAAUCCCUUGAUUGGCUCCCUGCUGCAGGAGAGACAGGAAGUUAUAGCGCGAAUCGCACAAAGACUCAACUUCUGCGACCCGACAGCCCCGCCACUCCCCCCUGGCCUGUUUGCGUCUGACAACCCUCACAAAGCCAUGUGGGGCGGUAACCAUGACGACAAAGCCGCCAGCAAGACCAAAGAAGCCGAGGUGCACCCUUACGAGUCCGUGGGACGUGUGAGGCCAGCCCUGUUCAACUCUCCCGUGACGGAAACCUGUUUUGUCAAACGAGAAAGUUCCUCCCCGAAACCCGCCGCCUGCAGGAAGCUGAGAAUGAGCGAGGCAGCGGACAGAGCGGAGGAGAGGAACGGGGAUCUAAAGGACAGAGACAGCUCCCUCAUCGCCCAGGCAGUGCAAGACAUCACCAGGCUCAUUCAGGAGAGGCUCUCUGUCCCAUCUUUGUCCCGCAGCACCAGCCCACUGCACCAAGUGCACACAACCACAGUCACACACACCAUACGCACAUACUCACACCCCCCGCAAGCACUGCAACCCGCCAGCAAUGGCUACACCAAUGGCCACGUACCCAGCCAUGAACCUCAACGAGGCAACACGCACAACGCUGCCUCGCAAAAGCCCGUUUGCACAGACAAGCCCCAAGCUGGACCGAGGACCGAAUGUCAUUCUUCCCGGGCCCAAAAUGGUGCUCAGUUUACACUUGAAGAAACUUCCCUCAACAGCCAGGCCGACCCCCAGCCAGGCAGGCGUUUACGAAUCAGGACACCCAGCAGCCAUGAAAUCCCUCCUGUCUCCCCCAUCCUGGAGAACAGACCAAGGAAUGCCCAGAUCAUCAGCUGGACUAACCACGACGCCAGCCCAGCUACAAACUGUUUCAGAAUCAGUGACAACAGCAAGCCUCAGACACAAUCUCAGACACAGGCACAGAGCAUUGUGCCAGCUCAGGCCUCUGCUCUCCAGGAUGAGAACCAGGCCCCCUCAGAGUCUGGGUCCUUCACAUCCAGUCCAGAAACAACUCCAUCACCCUCACUCCUCCGUCCUCACAGCCCCUCCCCCUUGCGUCCCUGCAACAGCUGGAAGAAGCAGAAUCGACACUCUUUGGAUGCCACGGCAACAAAGGCCUUCCACCCCUGCACUGGCCUGCCUCUGCUCUCCAGCCCCGUUCCUCAGAGGAAAAAUCAAACAGGUUACUUUGACCUGGACACCUCUCUGACUGGCUGUAAGGGUUUGCCUUGGGCCUCUGGGAAAAGGGUGUGUCCUAAGAGAGAGGAGAGCGCCGAUGAGUCGCAUCAGCUGUUCAGCGCUAGUGCUCCUCCUGCCAGCCUAAGCCUGCUGGGGAACUUUGAGGAGUGUGUGUUGAACUAUCGACUUGAGCCUUUAGGGACAGUAGAAGGUUUCGCAGCAGAGGUGGGAGCCAGCGGCUCCUUCUGCCCAAGUCACCUGACCCUACCAGUAGAUGUGUCAUUCUACAGCGUCUCUGACGAUAACGCUCCCUCGCCAUACAUGGGUGUGAUAAACCUGGAGUCCCUGGGAAAAAGGGGCUACCGUGUACCUGCAUCAGGAACCAUUCAAGUGACCUUAUUCAACCCCAACAAGACAGUGGUAAAGAUGUUUGUUGUGAUGUACGACCUAAGAGCCAUGCCAGCUGGACACCAGACCUUCCUACGCCAGAGAACCUUUUCAGUUCCCGUUCGCCGCGACGCCAACAAUCAGAUCAACAGGAAGCCCCUCACCCCAGGCCAAGGCCGCACCCUGCGCUACCUCAUCCAUCUGAGGUUCCAGAGCUCAAAGUCUGGAAAGCUCUACCUUCAUAGAGACAUCCGUCUAUUGUUCUCCAGGAAGUCCAUGGAGGUGGACAGCGGUGCUGCCUACGAGCUCCAGUCCUUCACAGAGUCCCCCAUAGACCCUCCUUUUUCUCCGCGCUGCUGAAGCCAGACGCCUCAUCACUCCAUCCAACAGGCCAUUCCUGGAACUUCAGCCACACCUCAAAGCCAGCACUGAACUUUCACUCCAUCAGAUCAUAGUUGUGAAUGUUUUAUUCUAGACAGAUUAGGUCUAGGACGACAGUCAACAUGUCCUGUUGACGGGAGUCCAAAGGCUUCACUUCCCAAAAAAAGUAAAAAUGGGGUUCAAAAAAUAGCCUGAGAGACUUGUUGUGGAUACACCUUGUUCUUUUUGAAAUGCACAACCUUGGAACAGGAGGAUGUGGUCUAAAAUUAUCGAUAGGAUCCUAUUCAAAAUAUUUCUGCCAUAAUUUAAUGACAUUUCUUCUUUCUUUGGAGUUUGGUGCUUCCCUUCUAGUAUCUGGUUUGAAAAAAGAGAAAUUGAAUCUGAAGUUCAGGUAGUUUCCUCUGCCAGCUCAAAUCAAAAUAGUUUUUCCUCUCAGAAUACUUGUUUUCAUUUAUUCCUCAAAAUUUCUUCACCUUUAUUGGUGCGAUCCGUAUAAUAUCAGAUUGACUCUGCAGAAGGUGAUGUUAAAUGUGGGACCCUAUGAAUGCUGAGCUUGGAGGGACUGUCUAGGAGGAACGGAACACAAACCAUGGACCAUCAAGGAACAUGCUAUUACAAUAUUGUACCUGGAGGAAAAACAAAUCACAGCAAACACACACUGUGGAUUAUAAUUUUGUAUUUUUUGGUUUUUCAUUAUAACUGGAAAAGGAACAGAAAAUAGUCAUAUUCUAAUACUUUUGUACUGUUACAAAAACCACUUUAUUGGAACUGUUGCAAUAGAAUGAGUAACAUUAGUUUAGUGUUUACACGUUCACUUUUCAAUUUACUUACCGCAGUUUAUUUAAUAUUUAAAUUAAUAUUUCAGUUACUAUCUGUGACGUCCGUCAUGCUAAGAUGUUGUAGUGCAGACUGUAUAUCAUAGUGUGUAUUUUUGACAUUAAUAUUCAAAUCUGAAAAAAUAUAUAUCUAUCUUCUAAAGCAAUCUGGACAUGCUUUGGUCUCCUUGU